GCUUGUAGGGACUCGUAGAGACGAAAGAGAGGGUCACCUCAACUCACUCAAGUCAUGGCGUUACCGGAAUAGGCUAAUCGCUCCAAGAUGGUCUCGCUACUGGUUACGACCUUCUCAUGCCCUUCUCUGGUGCAGAGGCAGGGUUACCCCGAGAUACACGCAUUAUCGCGACCUGUCAUGCCCAGUAAAGAUGGUCUACUGGGUUGCGCAUUGUUCCCAUUGCUCCACAAGGCACAAGGCCGUCCCGUAGUGCUGGUCGCUCACUCUAUCUAUUCCCGUUGUCUCGAGUUAUACAUAUGGACCGAUCCCGACAUCUUCUCUUUCUAGUUUUCGGCUUUUCUUGUUCGUUUCUCUUCCUUUCCUUCGCGUCCUCUUGUUGUGUAUAAUUUUCCUUGGCGCCUGAUAGACACCAUCUAUCAUGGCAGCCCAAGACCCAAACGCCCCAACGGAUAGCAAUGGCGGUGCUCUGGUGGUUACCGCCAUUGUUAUGUUAACUCUUACCUGGUUAUCCGUAUCUCUCAGAUCCUUCGUUCGCGCUAAGUUAACCAAUGGAUUUCAAUGGGAUGACUGGUUGAUGAUAGCUGCUCAGUUAAACUUUACAGUCUCGUGUUCUUUAAUUCUGAGAGGUGUUCAGAAUGGCCUAGGCAGGCAUAACAGAUCGCUCGACCAGUACCAUGAGAUUCAAGCUCUGAUGUAUCAGGCUCUAGCUACCGCGACUUACGUCUCCAAUAUGUGGUUGAUCAAGCUUAGUAUUGGUAUCUUCCUCCUCCGACUCGCUUCGCAAAACAGAUAUAAAUAUACCCUCUACGCUAGUAUCAUCAUCGUCAGCAUAUGGAGUAUAGUAUUAUUUUUCUGGAAUAUAUUUCAAUGUAAUCCCGUCGCCGCGCAGUGGGACUACACGAUACUUCAGAAUGACCCCAACUCUCGCUGUGUCUCGGCCGAUGAAAUUGUCAACGCUGCUUACGCAUUGAGCGUCAUGACUAUCUUGUCCGACUGGCUCUACGCCUUACUGCCCAUCCCUAUGCUCUGGAAAGUAAAGAUGACGAUGCAAGCUAAGAUGACGGUGGUUUUCGUUUUGGGCCUGGGUAUUUUCGCGAGUGUCGCCACUCUCGUUCGGUUGAAGUUCCUGUCCGAUCUUACCGACCUCGCGGAUAUUUUGCAUGCUGGAACCGAUGCGAUGGUUUGGACAUUGGUUGAACCUGGAGUUGCCAUUGUCGCCUCCAGUCUUGUCACGAUACGGCCCUUAUUACGCUUAUGGAAGGUCAAGGGAUUUGGUACGACUGGACAGAGUCGGCCAACAGGCUUCAAUAGCAACCCUAUGUCACGUACGAAUCGCUCGAACAAAAUGCCAGCUUUCGGGUCUACUGAUGUCACCUUAGUCGAUGUCGAGUCAGGUCAACAAAAGGGUUCCAAGUCGCGAACAUCAAUCGCUGGUUCGUUUGGUGGGAAAAUUCAACGAUCCUUGUCGUUGUCAGAUGCCGGAAGCUUUACAAGCAAGAGUUACCGAUCUCGAGCAUCCUCCAAUGCCCCGAUGCUUGGGAGCAAACUUCAGCGGUCCCGAUCGAUUUCGGAUGCCGACACGUUGGCUGGAAGGAGCCAGCGAUCCCAAGCAUUCCAAAUGACAAGGCUUUACGAUGCGCCGAUAGAGGAAGACGAUGCGCGAUCGGAAUAUCAACCUCCUAACUCCAGGAGGAUAGAUGUAAAGAGUGAGAUGUAUAUCAUCGAAGGAAAUACGACACCUUCACCGCCUCCAGGAGCACACCGGCGCGAUGAGACAUGGCUCUCCGAAAGAGAUUCAUCUGAUGGAUCUUUCGAGCUCAACCGAGUCAGAACCCAUUAUAACCGGACGAGGAAUUCGAUAUCGUUUGUAAAACCAUUACCUCAACUACCGCCGUCGUACCAAUAAUCUACCGAACGAAUUCAAAUUACCGAAUAAAAAAACAUAAUACUGUACAUCACCGCGACACAUACACGUUACGAACCUUAUAUAUACUAUUCCGACCCUAGCCACCACCACAACCUCAUCCUCUUCUUUUCCCUUUUCGAUUCUCUAGAUGUGUAAAUGAUUUAUACACCGGACAUACCCAAAGUGCGAAAUACAUGUUACCUUACUUGGCGGGCGGCUGGGCCACAGGGAAUAUUAUAUAUAUGUAGAUUCAAGGGAGUUUACGGGAGACAGCAAAAA